AUGGCGGCGUCCCCUGCGAUUUGGGGUGUUGAUUGGAAGACGGGGCUACCGGUCACUGGGCCGGGUGCCGGGUGCGCGAGCGCAACAUCGCUUGUGGAACCGAGGACCUUCUAUAGUGACCCCUUCACGGAUGUCGGCGACGUGGUCCGCCCCCACAGCGGGCCCACCCACAUUGAUCCUUGUACAACAUCGCCUGAGACCACGUCGCCGGCCUCUGCCCACACCCAGACUCACAACGUGACCCUCAUAGGCUUCACGUAG